UAAUUUUAGAGGGCCUGUGCUAUAUUCACUGGUCAUUGUAAAUUUAACCUCACAAUUCGUGACAGGCAAUUUUCAGUGUUCUUUGCGAGUGUAUACUUCUAGUGGAGUUGGUUAAAACAAUCUUUUGUCAAAAUGGAAUGUUUAAUCGGAAUACAAUUUAAAGAUUUCGUGUUAGUUGCAGCCGAUAUGACUACAGCUCAAUCCAUUAUGGUUAUGAAAAGCGAUGAACAAAAAAUUCAUAAAAUGUCUGACAAGCUUAUUAUGGCAGUCUCUGGAGAGGCUGGUGAUACUACACAAUUCUCAGAAUACAUAGGAAAAAAUAUACAACUUUACAAAAUGAGAAAUGGCUAUGAGUUAUCACCAAAAGCUGCUGCGUCCUUUACAAGAAGAAAUUUGGCUGAUUAUCUUAGAAGCAGAACACCAUAUUUUGUAAAUUUGUUAAUGGCAGGAUAUGAUAACAAUAAUGGACCAGAAUUAUAUUUCAUUGAUUAUUUAGCAUCAUGCGUCAGAGUGCCUUAUGCAGCACACGGUUAUGGAGGAUUUUUCUCUCUUUCCAUUUUAGAUAGAUACCACAAAUAUGAUUCAACAGAAGAGGAAGCUUAUAUACUAAUGAAAAAAUGUGUCAGAGAAAUACAUAAACGGUUAAUAGUUAAUCUUCCGAAUUUCAAGGUACAAAAGGUAUCUAAAGAUGGCAUAAAAGAUUUGGAACCCAUCACAGCAAAGGUUUUGGCAAUAGAAGAUGCUGAAAAAGCAUAAGGUAGGGCAUUAAGUGAGGAUACCUUCUUCAACAGAUACCAAGCACCAACAAGAGAACAACAUAUCAAACAGACAAUAUCAUGGAGAUUGAAUUUAUAAUUGAUAAUAUGUUUUGCCUUAUCAUCUUCACCUCUGGUAAAAAGUAUGUGAUACUGAGUUUUUGGAAUUGCAGCAGGUACCAAUGAUGAAAUUAAUGGACUGAAAUUAUUGGAUACAAUUACAAUACAUAACAUUCAAAUCUUAUGAUUGGAUUACAUAAAGAUAUUAAAAUCAGUAAUUAUUCAUACCUAGUAAGGUGACAUAAAGCUAAGAUUCCUAAGAAGAAAAAAUAACCAGCUAAGAUCAGAUUGACUAAUUCCUUUGCAAAAACCUGAAUAAAUAAUAUGACACUGAUAUAAAAUAUAUUUCUAACAACAACAAUUUACAAUAUCUAGAACUAAAUUAAUAUUACCUGAUACAAUACAUAAAGCCCAACUAAUGUAAAACUGGAAAUGAAAGGAAAUAUUGCUGCUUCUUUACGUGACAUUGUAUCUGGUUGUUCUCCACUUUCUUUAUAUUGUUGCUAGAAAAUACAUAAUAAUAAUUUGUAUUACAAAA